GCCAGGGGUGCUGAUGACACAAAGUGCUGAUGUCACAAAGCGCUGUUGUGACCCGCGGGGGCCAGAGCACAUAAAGGAGCGCAGGGCUCAGGCCGUGCGUCAGUGCAACCUGGCGAGAGUCGGCAGAGGAGCGUUUGGAGGAGACACGAACGAACGCUUAGCGUCGAUGUGCGCCAUGUCUUCAAGGAAGCAGGAGGCCCCCGACUUGAGGGAGCAGGCAUGCAUGCUGUGCCACCGAGUAGAGGCUGACCCGGUCAUCUGUGGGAAUAAACUGGAGAGGAGAGGGCUCUGUGUCCAUCAGUUUUGUCUGCUGCUUGCCAACAAGCGUUUUCGGCAACGGAGCAUGACAGUAGGACUCAUGGGGUUUCGCCUCCAGGAUAUUCGUGGCAUGAUCAAGCGGGCAGCACGGAAGCAAUGCUUCGUCUGUGGCGAGAGAGGGGCCACCAUCACCUGCCGUACGAGGGGCUGCCGGCGCAGCUUCCACCUGCCCUGUGCUGUGAAGGGUGAAUGCGUCACCCGCUUCGUCCCUGAGUACAGGUCCUUCUGCUCCGAGCACCGCCCACAGCAGGCAGUGGAGGUGGAACCGCAGCAGGACACCACCUGCCUCAUCUGCCUGGAACCUGUGGGGGACAGGAUCUCCUACACCGCCAUGGUGUGCCCAGCAUGCAAAAGCGCCUGGUUCCACAGGGGCUGCAUCCAGGGACAGGCUGCGAGCGCGGGCGUUUCUUGCUUCCAGUGCCCGCUCUGCAGGGACACAUGGGAAUUUAUGCAGGAAAUGGUCAACAUGGGAAUCCGAGUCCCUUUCAGAGACCCAACAUGGGAGAACCAGGAGGCAUAUGCAGAGCUAGGUGAGAAGAGGCAUGGCUGCUGCGAUGCCAGCGAGUGCCUUUGUCCAGGAGGCAGGGAGCAGGCAGAGGAGGAGGAGGGGCCCUGGCAACUGCUCCUAUGCUGCUCCUGCGCUGGCAAGGGCACCCACAGGCGCUGCUCCCACUUGGAGAGCAGCAUGCGGAGCUGGGAGUGCAACAGCUGUGCUGGCCCGCGCACCGCCUCCAGCCUGGAGCUCGCUGGCCUCAGCCCUGACAACCAGUCAGAAUCAAGGCCUUCCUGUGUCUCCCUGUCGCCCGAGACCUCCGGACCCAGAACCCCAAGCCAGGUGCCAUCAGAGCAGUCUUCG